UGGGAGAAGCUGCAAGAUUUGCGUUCCAUUUCAUUUUAUUCAUUCCGGUUUGCAUUUCACACCUCCUCCCUUUAUACACGCGCAGAUCCCAACCGGAAUCCCCUCACCCCCACCCUCUCCGUCUUUUCUCGCAAGAAAUCUCACUCGCUGUUCUUUUCCCUCCAAAGCGGAACCCUAAUCGCCGAUCGCUCUCUCGUUCUCUCUCGCCGAGGAGAAGAUGGUGUUCUACAUGCUGUACUUUACGGCGGAGCUCGAUAACCUCACCAACUUCCAGCCCCGCGGCGGCUGCGACGAUCCCAACUACCCUUACUACUUCAAGGUGAAAUGCGAGAACUGCGGGGAGAUCAGCCAGAAGAAGACGUGCGUGACGAUGUCGGAAUCGGUCCCUCUACCCAGUGGAAGGGGAACUGCCAAUCUCGUGCAGAAGUGCAAGCUAUGUGGGAGGGAAGGAUCAAUUCAGAUGAUUCCUGGGCAGGGUCAACCAUUGACUCUUGAACUUAGUCAGCGUGAACAGGUCACUGGAUUUAUGGUUUUUGAUUGCAGAGGCUUUGAACCUGUUGAUUUCUCUUUUAGUGAUGGAUGGAAAGCUGAAUCUACAAGUGGCACUCCAUUCGAAGUGGAUCUAUCUGGAGAAGAGUUUGCGGACUAUGAUGAGAAGGGAGAAUGCCCAGUUGGGGUAGCCAAUCUUCGGGCGUUGUUUAGAGUGGUAAAGAAGCAAGAGCGAGGUGGCAAGACGACCUUUGUUUAACAACAAUAGUUUAUAAAUGACAUGUCCCACAAAAUGUAACAUGAUGCUACGAGACCUGUUACCUUCUACCAUGCCAGUAUUGUGCAUACUCCCUCAUCCUUCUGUUCGUAUGCUUAAUCUUCAUGUAUCUUGUGUUUGCACAGCCAUUUGAUGGUUGGAUCUUAUUAUGACCCUUUUAACUGAUGAGCUUUGGCUUGUGUUCCCAAACUAUUGAAUGAUUCUGUUACUUUUUUGGGAUGCCGAACUUGACAUUGUAGCAUCACUUGCAGCAGUGGCGCAAGUUGGCUACAAAUGUAGUUGAAACUUUGCAGUGUGUCGGAGAACCUGUAUCUUUUAA